ACAAAAGAGAUAUUCCCAAAUGUUGAAGAAAUUUUCCACAGCAAAUGUAGCUAAACAUCUCACAGAUAAGAGAUAAAUUGGAAUAAACAGCUGUCAGUGUUAAAUAAAUAUCCUGGAUAAUGUGCAGGACAGAAAUAACUACAGCAUCGUCAAACUUCUUUCUUCACUUUAUUUAGCUGUUCUUGCAUGUAGCUCCCAAUCUUUCCACUGCUCCAGUUAGUGAAGCAUUUAUUUUUGAGUCAGCUGCAUUUCUUAAGACAGUAACAACGAAAGGCAUUUCCUGAGAAGCUGCAAGGAUGAGCAGCAAGAAAGAACAACAGCUAAGAAAAUAUGGGACCCUUGUAGUGCUUUUUAUCUUCCAGGUUCAGAUUUUUGGUUUUGAUGUUGACAAUCGACCUACAACAGAUGUCUGCUCAACACACACAAUUUUACCUGGACCAAAAGGGGAUGAAGGUGAAAAAGGAGACAGAGGAGAAGCAGGCAAACAAGGAAAGGUUGGACCAAAAGGACCAAAAGGAAACGAAGGACCAGUGGGGGAUGCUGGUGACCAGGGAAUGCUUGGGAAAAUUGGCCCAAUUGGUGGCAAGGGUGACAAAGGAGCCAAGGGCUUAUCAGGGGUUCCUGGAAAAAAAGGAAAAGCAGGCACGGUCUGUGACUGUGGAAGAUACCGCAGAUUUGUUGGACAACUGAAUAUAAAUGUUGCUCGUCUUAAUACAUCCAUCAAGUUUGUAAAGAAUGUAAUAGCAGGUAUCAGGGAGACAGAUGAGAAAUUCUAUUACAUCGUGAAAGAAGAGAAGAAUUACAGAGAAGCCUUGAUCCACUGCAGGGACAGAGGAGGAACACUGGCCAUGCCUAAAGAUGAGGCAACCAAUGCCCUGAUUGCCGACUACAUCUCCAGCAGUGGUCUCUUCCGAGCCUUCAUUGGGCUGAAUGACAUGGAAAAAGAAGGACAGUUUGUGUAUGCAGACAACAGCCCACUGCAGAACUACAGUAACUGGAAGCAAGGGGAGCCUCAUGACCCAGCUGGCCAUGAGGACUGUGUGGAAAUGCUCAGCACAGGAGAGUGGAACGACUCUGAGUGCCAAGUCACCAUCUACUUUGUAUGUGAAUUCCUCAAGAAGAGGAAAUAAAGGUGCCAGAGAAUGUGCCUGGCACCUGCUGUGUAUACAAUAACCCAUCCUCACUCAUCUGCUGUAGAGAGAGCAAACCAGGGAUAGCAAACUAGGGAUAGGACCGAAUCCAGCCUUCACGUCACCGGCUUAAACAAGAGUAGCUAAGGUUUAGUCAUCAGUGACGAUAAAGUCAGCAAAGAUUUGCAGAGGGCAUCCAGCCAGUUGUGAAUUUUUGUUUUAUUUAUACAUGCAUUUUAGGGUGGACAUUUCUUUGUGUAAUUUAGGGGUAAACUGAGAGCAUGCAGAGGUGAAUAUAAUUUCACCAAUGCCAGAAAUAGUAAGCUCAUUGGUAUAUUAAUCACUGAUGUGAUUUGCAAAGUCCACAAAGUGGAAAAAAAGUGAAAGAGUAUGAUUUUCACUAAUCUCUGACCUGUGCAGGAAGUCCCAGCAACCUCCCUGGUGACUUCAGAGCUGGGAGAAGAGAUUUACAGCUUCUCUUGAAAAAAUCCUUCUUUUCUUAGAAUCAUAGAGUAAUCUGAGUUGGAAGGGAUCUCUGGAGGUAAUCUGGUCGAAUCAUCCAUGCAAAGCAUGGCCAACUUCAAACUUAGAAGUUGGAAUAUUCCUUUAAUUUGGCUGUGCAAUUAUAUUACCUGAUAUGCAUUUAUCUGGACUUCUGCGAAGCCUUUGACAUGGAUGCCCACAACAUCCUUCUCUUUAAAUUGGAGUGAGAUGGAUUCUCUGGGUGGACUAUUAAAUUAAUAAAGAAUUAGUUGGACUGUGACAUCCAGAUGUCAGUGGUUGAUGGCUCGAGUCCUGAUGGUCAUCAAUGACAAAUGUUGUGUGUGUCCCUCAGGAGUCCGUUUUGGGACCGGUGUUAUUUCAUAGCUUCAUUAAUCACAUGGACAAAAGGAUUGAGUGCACCCUCAGCAAAUUUGCAGAUGACACUGAGCUGAGUGUACAGUUCACAGACCUGAAGGACAGGGUGCCAUCCAGAGGGACCUGGACAAGCUCAAGAAGUGGGCCCAUUGGAAUCUUAUGAGGUUUAACAAGACCAGGUGCAAGAUGCUGCACCUGGGUCAGGGCAACCCCUGGUAUUAAAAACAGGCUGGGGAUGAACAGACUGAGAGCAGCUCUGCUGAGAAGGACUUGGGGGUGCUGAUGGAUGAGAGGCUGGACAUGAGCAGGCAAGAUGCACUCACAGCCCAGAAAGCCAAUUAUGUCCUGGGUUGCACCCAAAGCAGCAUGGGCAGCAGGGCAAGGGAGAGGAUUCUGCCCCACUACUCCACUCUUGUGAGGCCGCAUCUGCAGUGCUGCAUCCAGCUCUAGAGUCUCCAGCACAAGAGGGACAUAGACCUGUUGGAGUGAGUCCAGAGGAGGGCCACCAAGAUGAUCAGAGGGAUGGAGCACCUCUCCUGUGAGGAAAGGUUGAGAAAAUUGGGUUUGUUCAGCCUGAAAAAGAGAAGGUUAUGGGUGACCUAAUUGCGGCCUUCUAGUACCUGAAAUGGGAGCCUACAAGACAGUUGGAGAAAGACUUUUUGCAAGGGUGUGAAGUGACAGGAUAAGGGGGAAUGAGUUUAAACUGAAGGAGAGUAGGUUUAUAUUAGAUAUCAGGAAGAAAUUCUGUGUGAUAUCAGGAAGAACCACU